AUGGCAGUUCCGGAAUACAAACUCGGCACGCUUACCCAGAUCAUAUACUUGAGCAUCUCGACAGAGCACCAGAUCAGCGAUGUCAAGACCCCGGCUGGCCGCCAGUGGUCAAGAGCACUGGACCUGGUGCAAAGCUGCGAAGGGCUUGACAAAUUGUAUUGGGGCCGGCGGUAUGAAGAGCCCGAAAAGUUGCAACUCCAUAUAGUCUGGAGGAAUUAUCAGCAUAGCGACGCAUUUAUGGAAAUCCACUUUAACACUUUCCGCUCACUUGUCAAGGACAUGGGCGUCGACAUUGAUGACGAAAACAACGGCAUCCAGGCCCGCCACGUCACGUUACAGCACCAAGCCUUGGAUGAUCCUUUCGGCCCUUCCUUGCUGGGCCACCCCAUCGGAACAGCAAUCUAUAAAGGCACCGACGCGUCCUGGCACGAGGGGGCCUGGCCGCUGUGGACACACGUGGUGAGAACCGUCGACGGCUGCCGUGGCAUCGCGGGAGGCAGCGUGCGAGAGCCUGUGGAAGGGGUCAAGGGUAGCUAUGUGGUCUAUGUCGCGUGGGAGACGGUCAAGUAUCACGAUGACUACCACCACUCUGAACAUUUUCGAAGGCACCAGGUGAUCCUGGGGAUUGGCCAUCAGGGCUGGACCGAGUAUGGGCACGUCGUGUUUGCGGAGAUACGGAACGGCAAUGGAAAGAAAAUUGGAAAUGGAAAUGCCAAUCGACUGUGA